AUGGGAAGCAAUGUUUUCACGGAAGAGCAAGAUGCUCUCGUGGUGAAAUCAUGGGAAGCAAUGAAGAAAAAUUCUGGAGAACUCAGUCUCAAGUUUUUCAAAAAAAUCUUGGAGAUUGCUCCAGCAGGUCAGCAAUUGUUCUCAUUCUUGAAAGAUUCAAACGUUCCUUUGGAGGAAAACCCCAAACUCAAGCCCCAUGCCAUGGCUGUCUUUAUCAUGACCUGUGAAUCAGCUGCUCAACUGAGGAAAGCUGGUAAAGUCACUGUGAGGGAAUCAAACUUGAAAAAAUUAGGUGCUACUCAUUUUAAAGCCGGUGUAACAAAAUUGGCACUGGUGGAGACCAUCAAAGAAGCAGUGCCUGAAAUGUGGUCACCGGCCAUGAAGAAUGCAUGGGAAGAAGCUCAUGAUCAGCUGGCUGAUGCCAUCAAAUCUGAAAUCAAACCCUCCUCUUAG